AUGUGGUCGGGACCAAUAGAGAGCAAUGACGAUGACCAUCUGUGGAAUCGCUUCACCGCCGUAGUAGCGCCCCCUUCUCCAUCCCCAAAAGCUACAUCUGCUGCUGCGGAAGAGGACGGGCAAGAGCAGUAUAUCUGCGCGUUGGAGCGUGCUCUCUUGCAGCGAAAAAAGCAGAACGAGACUCUCGAGUCGAAAAGACAGCUUAAACGACAGAUGAAGCAGCAGGUAGAGGCUCCAGAUGAUGUGACAACACAGCGCAAAGAAGGGUCCACUUCAGGGUCAGAGCGUGAUCGACUAGUGCUGGAACUGCAACAGUCCCAUGCUGAGUGUCAAACUCACGAGAAGAAGUUGAUCGCUUUACGCGACCGUGUAGAAGAGCUGCAAGCUGCUAAUAAGACGUUGUCGGAGGACGAGCGGGAGGCUCGUAGUAGAGCUGUCGACCAGAAACUGUAUGACCUGGAGGCUCGGUUGACUACGUCGGAAGCCGAUAAGGUAGUCGCCCACCAAGACGCUGAGCGACUGCAGCGAGACCUGGAUGCUCUUGAAGGCGUCUUGCAUCAGUUCCAGGUGGAGAGCAAGGAUCAGAAAGAGCGUCCUCUUCGGAAGAACGAACGAUUUUGA